AUGGCGGCGGCCGGGCCCGCCAGCGGCGUCGUGCGCUUCAAGAGCAACUACGCCGUGUCACGGAGGAUCGAGCCUUUCUACAAAGGAGGGCCAGUCCAGGUUAAUCGAGAUGGAAAGUUCAUGUUUUGCCCCUGCGGGAUCAAGUUGAAUGUAAUAGAUAUAGAAACGGGAGCUCUGCUGCACAGCCUCGAGCAGGACGAUCAAGAAGAUAUUACUUCCUUUGUUCUCAGCCCUGAUGACGAGAUCCUGGUGACGGGGAGCCGAGCGCUGCUGCUGAAGCAGUGGGACUGGCGAGAGAACAAGUGUGUCCGCACGUGGAAGGCGGUGCACGUGGCGCCCGUCGCUGCCAUGGCCUUCGACUCCACCUCAACGCUGCUGGCCACAGGUGGCUGUGACAGCACCAUUAAGAUCUGGGAUAUGAUCAAGCAGUACUGCACUCACAACCUAAAAGGUUCUUCAGGAGUUGUACACCUGGUUGAGUUCCACCCUGAUAUUUCACGCCUGCAACUCUUCUCCUCCUCAAUGGACUACAAAAUCCGAAUCUGGGAUCUGAAAUCCAGCAAGUGUGUUGCUGUGUUGAGUGGCCAUUUCAGUGCUGUCACCUCCCUGGCUUUUGCUGCGGAUAAAGAUACACUCAUCAGUUCUGGCCGUGAUAAAAUCUGCAUGGUGUGGAACCUGAAAACAGGAGAAAGCAAACGAACCAUCCCUGUCUAUGAGAGUGUGGAAGCUGCUGUUCUCUUACCUGAAAAUGGAAACUUCUCUCAGCUGGGUGUGAAGAACCAAGGCUUGCACUUCCUCACAGCUGGCAGCAAAGGUGUCCUGAAAAUCUGGGAAGUUGCCACAGCUGCCUGUGUGUUUACCCAGGCUGUGCCCUUUGAGCCUGUGGAAUCCAAGGAGGAGGCCAGCGAGCGCAGUCUGACCCACUGCAUGCUUGUGCCUGGGAGGAAUCAGUUUGUCACCGUGUCCGUGGAACACAGCAUUGUUUUAUAUGAUGCUCCAACUCUCCAGCUCAAGAAGCAGUUUGCAGGUUACAACGACGAGGUUCUGGAUGUGAAGUUCCUUGGACCUGGUGAUUCUCACAUUGUGGUGGCUACCAACAGCCCUCAGCUGAAGGUGUUUGAGCUAGCAACAUCACACUGCCAGAUCCUGUAUGGCCACACAGAAACGAUUCUUGCUUUGGAUGUCUUCAGAAAAGGCCUGAUGUUUGUAAGCUGUGCUAAGGAUAAAAGUCUUCGAGUCUGGCGGAUGCGCAAAGAUGGAAAAGUGACCUGUGUAGCCCAAGGACUGGGCCACGCACAUGUGGUGGGCACCGUCUCUUGCUCAAGAUUGAAAGAAAGCUUCAUAGUGACAAGCAGCCAGGACUGCACAGUAAAAAUCUGGAAUAUUCCUGAAUCCCUCACAUCCAAAGCAAAAGCAGCCUUGAUCUCCAGUCCAGAAAACCUUCAUGCCCAAGUGACUGAGAGAGGUCAUGACAAGGAUAUAAACAGUGUGGCAGUCUCUCCAAAUGACAAGCUCAUCGCCACAGGCUCGCAGGAUCGGCUGGCCAAGCUGUGGUCCUCUUCCGACUGCUCCUUGCUGGGUGUCUUCACUGGCCAUAAACGUGGAAUCUGGUGCGUGCAGUUCUCCCCCGUGGACCAGAUCUUGGCCACCUCUUCAGCAGAUGGGACACUGAAGCUCUGGGGCCUUCAGGACUUCAGCUGUCUGAAGACUUUUGAAGGUCACGAUGCCUCUGUACUGAAGAUCAUAUUUGUCAGCCGGGGCACCCAGCUGCUUAGCAGUGGUUCUGAUGGUCUCUUAAAACUCUGGACAAUUAAAACAAAUGAGUGUGUGAAAACAUUAGAUGGUCAUGAAGAUAAAAUCUGGGGUCUUCAUUCUAACAAGCAAGAUGACCUGGUUGUGACGGGAUCCAGCGACUCCUGCAUCACGCUGUGGAAGGAUGUCACUGAAAUCGAACAGCAAGAGGCACAAGCUAAGCAGGAAGAGCAGAUUAUGAAAGAACAAGAGCUUUCUAACCUGCUCCAUGAGAAAAGAUAUCUCAAAGCUCUGGGGCUGGCAAUCUCUCUGGAUCGUCCACACACAGUGUUGAUGGUGGUCAAAGCCAUCCUCAAGGAAACCAAUGGGAGAAAGCACUUGGAAGAGAAUAUCCUUCGGCUGCGGAAGGAUCAGAAAGAGGCCGUGUUAGCCUUCCUGGUGACGUGGAAUACAAACUCUCGCAACUGCCACGAGGCCCAGGCUGUCAUGGAAACCCUCCUGAAGCACGAGACGCCGGACUGCCUCCUGCAGUACUCGGGCAUCAAGGGUGCCGUGGAGUCGCUGCUUCCCUACACCGAGCGACAUUUCCAGCGACUGAGCCGGUUACUGGAGGCCUCCAUGUUCAUUGAUUUCAUGUGGCAAAACAUGAAGCUGGCUGACGUGUCCCAGCAGGAAGAUGUGACUCUAUGACCCUUCUCCUGCCAGUUGCCUCCUGAGGGGAGAGCUGGACCCCUUGGCCAGCUCUCCCACCACGCACGGCAACUGGGAUAUCUGUAUUU